AUGGAGCUGGGAAAUGGCACACGGGUGAAAGAAUUUAUUUUCCUCGGCCUGACCCAGAUUCAAGAACUUAGCGUGGUCCUAUUUCUCUUCCUCCUUUUGGUGUACGUCACCACUCUGCUGGGAAACCUCCUCAUCAUGGUCACGGUGACCUGGGACUCUCGCCUUCACACCCCCAUGUACUUUUUGCUCCGGAAUUUAUCUGUUGCCGACAUCUGCUUUUCCUCCAUCACCGCCCCCAAGGUCCUGGCAGACCUUCUGUCCCAGAGAAAGGCCAUCUCCUUCAAUGGCUGCUUCACCCAGAUGUUUUUCUUUCAUCUUAUUGGAGGGGUGGAUGUAUUUUCUUUGUCACUGAUGGCACUGGAUCGGUACGUGGCCAUCUCCAAGCCCCUGCACUACGUGACCAUCAUGAGUCGGGGGCGGUGCACUGCCCUCAUCAUGGCCUCCUGGGCGGGGGGCUUCAUCCACUCCAUCGUGCAGAUCUCCCUGCUGCUCCCCCUCCCCUUCUGCGGACCCAACGUCCUGGACACUUUCUACUGUGACAUCCCCCAGGUGCUCACACUCGCCUGCACGGACACCUCCUUUCUGGAGCUCCUGAUGAUUUCCAACAGCGGACUGCUCACCACCCUGUGGUUCGUCUUCCUCCUUGUAUCGUACAUGGUCAUAUUAUUACUAAUAAGGUCUCAGGCCGGGGAGGGCAGGGGGAAAGCCAUCUCCACCUGCACCGCCCACAUCACGGUGGUCACCCUUCACUUCGUGCCGUGCAUCUACGUCUAUGCCCGGCCCUUCUCCGCCCUCCCCAUGGACAGAGCUGUCUCCAUCAACCUCACUGUCAUCAUUCCUGUCCUGAACCCCAUGAUCUACACCCUGAGGAACCAGGAGAUGAAGGCAGCCAUGAAAAGACUAAGGAGAAGUUUCAUGCUGUUUGAAAAGGGACAGUCUCCUUAUAGGCAGUGGGCCAAGAUGCAAGUACAUGUUUAA